GCGGCUGCGCAGAAGCGGGGAGGCUUUUAAUUCCAUUGUGGAGAGGACGGCGUUAUUUUUAUUAACUGGAGGCGACGGCGGCUGCGGCGGCGGCGGAACCCCCAGGCCUCCUCCGGGGUAUGAAAAUCGGCAGCGGGUUCCUCAGCGGCGGCGGCGGUCCCGGCAGUAGCGGUGGUAGCGGCUCCGGCGGCGGCUCCGGCGGCGGCGGCGGCGGCGGCAGCGGCAGGAGAGCAGAGAUGGAGCACACCUUUCCCCAGGGUAUGGUUAUGUUCAACCACCGGCUCCCCCCGGUCACCAGCUUCACCCGGCCGGCGGGGACGGCCGCCCCUCCCCCGCAGUGCGUGUUAUCCUCCUCUACCUCCGCAGCCCCGGCCGCAGAGCCCCCCCCUCCGCCAGCCCCGGACAUGACUUUCAAGAAGGAGCCGGCGGCGUCAGCCGCGGCCUUCCCUUCGCAGAGGACCUCCUGGGGAUUCUUGCAGUCCUUGGUGAGCAUCAAACAGGAGAAACCUGCGGAUCCCGAGGAGCAGCAGUCCCACCACCACCAUCACCACCACCACUAUGGGGGGCUGUUCGCUGGGGCCGAAGAGAGAUCACCAGGCCUAGGAGGCGGGGAAGGGGGGAGCCACGGCGUCAUCCAAGACCUCAGUAUUCUCCACCAGCAUGUCCAGCAGCAACCAGCCCAGCACCACCGCGAUGUAUUAUUGAGCAGCAGCAGCAGCAGCAGGACUGAUGACCAUGGCAACGAGGAGCCAAAGCAGGACACUAACGUCAAAAAGGCAAAGAGGCCAAAGCCAGAAUCUCAGGGAAUCAAAGCCAAGAGGAAGCCAAGUGCAUCUUCCAAACCUUUGGUUGGAGAUGGAGAAGGUGCCGUCCUCUCCCCAAGUCAGAAACCUCAUAUCUGUGACCACUGUAGUGCUGCUUUUAGGAGUUCCUACCACCUGCGGAGACAUGUCCUCAUCCACACAGGAGAAAGACCUUUCCAGUGCAGCCAGUGUAGUAUGGGUUUCAUUCAGAAAUACCUACUGCAGAGACACGAGAAAAUUCACAGUAGAGAGAAGCCCUUUGGAUGUGAUCAGUGCAGCAUGAAGUUUAUUCAGAAGUACCAUAUGGAGAGACACAAGAGGACACAUAGUGGAGAAAAGCCAUAUAAGUGUGACACUUGCCAACAGUAUUUUUCAAGGACUGACAGAUUGUUGAAGCACAGGCGCACGUGUGGUGAAGCCAUAGCAAAAGGAGCCGCUAGUGCAGAUCCUGGGUCAUCGAACCAUAAUAGUAUGGGUAAUCUGGCUGUGUUGUCUCAGGGAAAUACCAGUUCUUCAAGGAGAAAAUCCAAGUCCAAAAGCAUAGCUAUUGAAAAUAAGGAACACAAGACUGGCAAAGCAAAUGAAUCACAAAUGUCAAACAAUAUAAACAUGCAGAGUUACUCAGUAGAAAUGCCUACUGUGUCUACCAGUGGAGGCAUAAUUGGCACUGGGAUAGAUGAACUGCAGAAGAGGGUGCCAAAAUUGAUCUUUAAGAAAGGCAGCAGAAAGAGUACCGACAAAAGCUACCUUAAUUUUGUGUCACCGUUACCAGAUGUAGUUGGACAGAAAUCCUUGUCUGGUAAACCAGGUGGCUCACUUGGCAUAGUGUCGAAUAAUAGUGUGGAGACCAUUGGUCUCCUCCAAAGUACAAGUGGCAAACAAGGUCAGAUAAGUAGUAAUUAUGACGAUGCCAUGCAGUUUUCAAAGAAGAGAAGAUACUUACCAACUGCCAGCAGCAACAGUGCCUUUUCUAUAAACGUAGGCCACAUGGUCUCCCAACAGUCAGUCAUUCAGUCUGCAGGUGUCAGUGUUCUGGACAGUGAGGCACCCUUGUCACUUAUUGACUCCUCAGCUCUAAAUGCUGAAAUCAAGUCUUGUCACGACAAGUCUGGAAUUCCUGACGAGGUUUUACAAAGUAUUUUGGAUCAGUACUCCAGCAAAUCAGAAACGCAGAAGGAGGACCCUUUCAAUUUAACAGAACCACGAGUGGAUUUACACACCUCAGAACACUCAGAAUUGGUUCAAGAAGAAAAUUUGAGCCCAGGCACCCAAACACCUUCAAAUGAUAAAACAAGCAUGUUACAAGAAUACUCCAAAUACCUCCAGCAGGCUUUUGAAAAAUCGACUAAUGCAGGCUUCACUCUUGGACACGGUUUCCAGUUUGUCAGUCUGUCUUCACCUCUCCACAACCACACACUGUUUCCAGAAAAACAGAUAUACACUACAUCUCCUUUGGAGUGUGGGUUUGGCCAGUCUGUUACCUCAGUGUUGCCAUCUUCAUUGCCAAAGCCUCCUUUUGGGAUGUUGUUUGGAUCUCAACCAGGUCUUUAUUUAUCUGCUUUGGAUGCUACACAUCAGCAGUUGACACCUUCCCAGGAGCUGGAUGAUCUGAUAGAUUCUCAGAAGAACUUAGAGACAUCAUCAGCCUUCCAGUCCACAUCUCAGAAAUUGACUAGCCAGAAGGAACAACAGAAAAAUUUAGAGUCCUCAACAAGCUUUCAGAUUCCAUCUCAGGAGUUAGCUAGCCAGAUCGAUCCUCAGAAAGACAUAGAGCCUAGAACAACGUACCAGAUUGAGAACUUUGCACAAGCAUUUGGUUCUCAGUUUAAGUCGGGCAGCAGGGUGCCAAUGACCUUUAUCUCUAACUCUAAUGGAGAAGUGGACCAUAGAGUAAGGACUUCAGUGUCAGAUUUCUCAGGGUAUACAAACAUGAUGUCUGAUGUAAGUGAGCCAUGUAGUACAAGAGUAAAGACACCCACCAGCCAGAGUUACAGGUAAGGUCUCAAGAGUGACCAGGCUGGGAGUCUUCUAAUGUAAUUUUGUUUUAUUUUGAGAACACUGCCAUUGGAAUGUUUCUACACGAUCCUAUUAAGAAUAAUGUAAUGCCCUUUCAAUGCAACUUUUCAUAUUUAGUUUAUUUUGUUAGUGUGAUUUUAGCUGUUUGUAUUAUGAUUUUUAAUCAAAAUCAAUAGAUUAAAAAUAGUUUGACAUUCAAAGUGACAAUGUUUAGCAAUCAAAUUUACUUGUAUAGAUUGUCAGGGAAUAGCCCAAAAGUUUUAAAUGCAAAAAAAACAAAAAAACAAAAACUACAGAAAAAAAAAAAGAAAAGAAAAAAGAAAAAAAAAAACUUUGUUGAUAGGAUUAAGGUUAUUCUAAUUGCUUUACUCUCAGGAAAGUGUAAUAACGCAUGGGAAUUCUGUACGUUAUCACCGUAAUGGAAUAUCCAAUUUACAAAUAGUAUGAUACACAUUUCAUUGUUUAAGUUAAGGGAUCUUAAACAUUUCAGAUUGCUCUUUCUGGGCUGAUAGAAUAUACAUUUCAUCAUUUAAGUAAGGGAUCGAAAACAUUUCAAAUGCUAUCUCUGUCUGGGCUGAUCCAAAAUUCUGAGAUUGUUGCCUACCUAUAUUUUGUUGCAGCUUUUAAAUAUUCUCCAAACUUCCAAACCCACAUUCAUUCCAGCUUGGUAGAACAAAUAUUCUUAGAUCUUUGAUCAAAGCCUGGAAUGAUAGCUUUAAUAAAAGAAAGAGGAAAAAAAAGCACCCUCUUUAUCCAACUGUAACAAGGCUGUAAUUCCAUUAAGUGAUUCUGUUAAUGUCUAGUACAGUGUUAAAACCCAAGUGGUUGGUUGGUUUCAGUAUUAGAAAGUAAGUUGGAUUUGCAUAAUACAUUGAAAUUUGGGGUAUGCAUUAUUCAUUAUACAUGGCCUAAAAACAUUUUCUCACUUGUGCUAUCACUUACCACCUUCACUUCUGGUUUUUUGGUACUUGUUCUUAACUUCCUCUUAAAGUUCUAGGCCUUCUUUCUUGUUCCUUCUCCCUGUCGUGAAGGUUUCAAUUUUAGAGUGACUUAUCAUCUAGUAAAUAAUUGAUUAUGCAUUUUGUAUGUCUUAUGGCAUCUAAAUACUAAACAGUAGGGUAAACAUCCCUGACAUCACCUUUUUUUUUUUUAAUUAAACAAACCCAGUACAGAUGUCCAUGUACAAGCUAUAGAUAUUAAAGGGUUGUAAUUCCACCUGGUAGCAUAGCUUGUGUAACGAUAAGAGUGUGUAUUUACUAAUGCCAUCAGAACUCUUGGUGAAAUUGCAGCCUUUAGUGUACAUUUCGAAGGGGUGUAUUAGUCAGUAUUGUACAGGGAUCUUGUCAUCAGAACUUGCUAUGAACGCUAAUUGCCAUUUGAAGCUACUGAUAGGCAGUGGCUCCGCUCUAAACCACUUUUUAGCAAUUGUAUUUUUUUCCUGAUUAUAUUUUUUAAUGUACUUUGAUGUUUAUGCUGAUGAGUUUUUUAUGUACUUUUGGUGAUGUUUCAGUCUUAUGAACUCUUCUGACGUCAGAAAAGUACCACUGGUUGUUUGCAGUCUUAUUGUGUAAUCAGCCUACCACAGGCUUCCAUGUAUAAUAAAGUAAUUAAUAUUGUGCAAGUGGAAAACACUUCUGUUAUAAAAGCAGUGUUUUGAAAAUAAGAAAUUAUUAAAAAAUGGUUACAAAAUACUAGUUAAUUCCCUUUUCCCACCUUCCUUUAGCUUUAGUUAGCUAAAGGGUACCAACUUGUCAUUGAAAGAUUCUUAGAAAGUGUGUUUAAUUCUACUACACUCAGUACUAAAAUGUCUGUAUGUCUUACUAAGUGCAGUAAGUUCUGUUGGGUACAGAGACAAGUGUGAUCAAAGGAUGGAGAGGACCUUUACCCCUGUAUCUCUUAAGCUGUAUGAUUUCUCUCUCUCUCUUGUUUUAUACAGGUUUUGAAUUUCUUUAACUUUUAUUGUGUGUACUGAAUACUACAUAUGUAUUAUUCCGAUUGUUUGCUCUAGUUUACUACCAAUAAAAGUCCUGUUAAUCACAAAAA